AAACGGCCGCCAUCUUGAAAAAUCAACCUCAAUCCUACAUAUAGGCUACCACCUAUAUAAUAUGAUUCUGUCGUUCUGUAAUGAUCAAUUUAGUGUUCAGUUUGAGAGGUUUGUUUUGUACCCUUACAUGACAUCAACUAUCACACUAUUCUAAUGCUUAGAACAUACCGGAGGUCACUGGCACACUCUCUAUCAAAUAGGUUAUAAGUUACAGAAAAUGUAUAAUUAAACAUGUAAUAUGGUGAUUAAUGAUUGCCAAUGUUCAUCAACAAUAAAUUCAAACUGCAAACAUAAUAAUUGCCACAGCAGACUACUUGGGCAAGUAGAAAGGCUGUCCCUCUACAUUAUUGAAGAGUUACCUGUACAAAUAAAACAUUAUGCAAGCCUUAACUAUUGAAAAUGUAUGCCUACUUGCAAGCAGCCAUUACAAUCUUGACAUACGAAUAAUUAGAGCAUUUAUGGUCAAAUUGUCUGGGCACCUACGGUUUGCAUGGUAACUCUGUGUCUUCAAUUGUUCACUUCUUUCAGAUACUUAUUUUCGCUUGUAUUUCCCUUAUUGUCGAUAACUACACACUUUACAGUGCGUAACAGUAAGGAAACAUGCAUUAUCAUUUCUUGCAAAGUGACAUGACAAUUAUUUUGCAAAGGUAUCAUAUAGCAUUAUAAUUAUUAUAAAUUUAAGCAUUACUGAUCAUUACUUGUUGUAGAUGGGAAGAAAAAAGUGCUUUUCCAAUAGAAAGAAGUUAAUAUCUCGAAAUAAACAAAAACGACAUGAAACAUAUAAUGUAUUAUCAAAGUCAGCAUUUCUGUUCCCAAAGUGAAGGUUGCUAGUGCUCAAUUCAAAGUUACCAUUCCCCUUUCUAAAAUUGAUGCCACUCACAUUACUUUUGCCUUUAUUGAAAAAGAAUUGAAAAUGACCACUCUACCACUUGGAUGGACCAUCACAUCACAUCAUGAUAAACAGCACAAAAAUUCGUUGGUCUUCUGUUAUAUUGAGCAAAUGAAAGAUAAACUAUUAAUCUCAUAUGCACUUAAAAUAUUACCCACUUUAUCAUAUACAUUAUUGGCAUUUAACCGUCCAGUUACACUCCCAACCUCAACACACAUUGCACCUUCUUAACUCCAUCACUAACAUGAAAGUUUGUCCUGGGAUUUCACAACCCAGCUAUUUAGCUCUUGCAGAAAUAAAAGGAGGGAAAUUAGUCAAUCGUGAAGGGCAAAUUAUUGCUGUUGUAGAUGAACAUCCCUUCAAUACAAUACACCAUAUUAACUGUUCCAUACUACAGGUUAAAGCAACACGUUGCUGCCUGUUCUUCAUACAUUCCAAACCUGAUAGCUAUGGCAAUAAAAAAUCACGAAAAAAGUGUAAUGAUUGUCCAGCUUCUACAACUAAUCACAGGUUCAUAAUGAUUGCAGAUUACAGACCCUGCGUAUCUUCACUGAGAUCAUCAAUUCAAGAAAAAAACCAAAAAAUUAUUUAUCUACAUGUAGAAAGAAUAAUAUCUGAAAAAGCAACAAAACAGGCCAUUACAGUUAACAGUACAACACAUCAAGAUCUAUUUACCAUCAUGCAACAACAUCACAAUGACAUUGUUCAGUUAUAUCCAAAGGACAGUUUUCAAUACAUAUUCUGGAAAAGCCAAUAUGAUUCCGCACAAAAAAAUCAAAAAAUAGUUAUCGCUGGAAUCCUGCUAUGAUUUGAUGGCAUAUAUACCUGCGCCACAAAUCAUCCAAGGCAUAUGAGCUACUAAGAAAAAUCAAAUUGUAUUAAUCUACCAUCACAAAGAACCCUAUGAGAUUAUACUCAUUUCGUUGACUUAUCUUCUGGUUUCACUGAUGACCUCGACUCACAGUUACUUCAAGAUUCAAAGCUUACAUCUUUGAAAGAGAAUGAAAAAUACUUAGGCCUCAUUGGUGACGAAAUGCAUGUGAAACAAGGGCUCAUAUAUGAUAAAAAUACUGGAGAGUUGAUUGGGUACUGCAAUUUAGGAGACAUAAACGACCAUUUAAUCCGAUUGGAACAACAGUAUUCUAACGACACUUCACAAGGCACAUGUUUAGCUACUUCAGUUAUGGUUAUAAUGAUCCGAGGCCUAUUUAACAGUUUCACUUUUCCAUACGCUAGUUUCCCAACAUCAAAUCUUUCUGAAGAACAAUUAGUUCCCAUUUUUUAUGAAGCCAUAAUGCAAAUUGAGAGGUGUGGUUUGAAGGUUGUAUCUAUAACACUAGAUGGAAACCAAGGCAACCAAGAUUUACCUGUGAAAUACAAAUUCUGCAAUCCAUUCAGCGACAACACAAGAGAAGUUUACCUUAUUUCCAAUCCACCACAUCUUCUUAAAACUGCACGUAACUGUCUUUCCAAUCCUAAUCGACAAAUGCAGUUUAAUGGGAAACCAAUCACUGGGAAAUACAUCAGGCAGUUGUAUGAGAUUGCAACCAAAACAACUGGGUUUGCAACACUUCCGAAACUUAAAUAUGAACAUGUUCAUCUCAAUUCAUUCUCAAAGAUGAGAGUUAAUCUUGCAGCAGAAGUAUGUCUUGAUUAUGUAAUAAUACCAUUAUUCUAUUUUCAAAAUAGACACUAAGCCAAACAGUAGCAACAGCUGUAAGAAUGCACUUUAAGGAAGAAGCUAGUGAGACCGAAAACUUCCUAGAAAUGAUGGAUAAAUUCUUUGAUUUGCUGAACGUUACAAACUAUACCAAGUGUUACACAAAGUUAAAAUAUUUCAAGCACCAUAUAGAUGGUUAAAUGAUUUUAGAAUCCAGUUUUAUAGUGGCUCAAAUCAGAAUUCUUGGUAUGGUUAGAGAAAUGGGAAAUUGAAACCAAAUCACAUCAAGAAAUGAAGUCAAGUGAAAGGAAGAAACUAAUGUUGAGUGAUGAAACACUCUUAGGACUGAGAAUUACGGAGCUAUACAAGAGGUACAACAGUUUGAAGAAACAGCCAGGCUCUGAUAAUGUGUUUGCUCCUUCCUUGAAUAAGUGUUACAAGCAUCGAGAAAAUCAUUCCUUUCAAAAUUCUGCUGCUCUAAUUAAUGUACCACAUAAAAGAGUCAAUCAGAGACAAGUUUUAAACAAAGAACCAAAAGAAAAGUUAUUAGUGGCAGAAAAUGUGAGUGCUGAUACUUUUGAUCUACUUGCAUGUGGCAGUGAACAGAACAUUGUUGAUGGUUUUUCUUCAACAUCUGUCAUGGAGAAACUUGCUACUACUGCCACUGUUGAUGAAAAUUCUACUCUUUCAUUUGGGCACAGACUCUCAGAAACAUGGCUUGAGAAGGUUAAAAUUACUAUUGACAAGAGUCCCCUCAAGGAUACAUCAGUGCAAAGGAUUGAGGCAAAGUCAAUUGUGUCACAUGCUGAUAGCUGUUUCUUGUCAUUGGAAAGUGAUGAAGGUGUAAAUGUGCACAUACCAAAAGCUGCUGAAUAUGCUGAAAUUCUUGAUUUGCCAGUUGUACAAUUAUCUGAUAACGAAAAGCAAUUAACUGCUGAUAUUAGUCUUACCACUAAUAGCAUUUCUGUACCAGGUGAGAAGACUGAAGUUACUGAAACAAAGGGUUUCUCAUACAAGAAAAGAUCAUCAGUUAGUGACAAUUUUGUGACUUUAAACAUGAAAGCAAAGACUUUUUCUCGCAAAUCUUCAAGACUUAGUGGAUCACGUUACAAGAGACAACAAUGGAGAAAAAGGAAGCUUUUGAGAGACAAUGAAGAACAGAGAGAGAGUCAUGCUUGUUACAAUUGUGGAAAGCUAGGACAUUGGGCUAGAAGCUGUACUAUGAAAGUCACUCCUGAGAUUCUAGGCACUUUUGAUGGAGAAGGUGUUCAAUUUACUGAUGAUGUCACUGGGGUUUUUGAAGAAGCUACUGAAGAUUGUCAGCAAGUUUUGUUGCAAGGAGACUUACAUAAACAACAUUUACCCACCCAAUCAAUGAUUUCCAAAGGUAUUUGUUUAGUCUCCAAUAGAAAUUCUUUUGAUGCUUUUUUUAAGACAAAUGUACUUUCAGAUGACUUGCUUAUAAAGAAGCUAGGAGAGCUUGGAUAUGGUAGUUUUAUGCCUGGUCAGCAAGAGGCAAUACGCCAUGUGUUGUCAGGGAACUCCACUUUGUUAGUUCUUCCAACAGGAGGAGGGAAGUCACUUUGUUAUCAACUUCCAGCUUAUAUGUAUACACGGCAAUCUCUCUGUUUUGUUCUUGUUAUUUCUCCACUAAUAUCUCUCAUGAAUGAUCAGGUGAAGAAUCUUCCUUGUGGCCUUAGUGGUGUUUGCAUUCACAAUUCUUUGUCACAUGAGCAGAAACAGCAGAUUUUUGCUGAUCUCGAAGCUGGGCUUAUUAACAUUCUUUUUGUUGCGCCAGAAGCUUUAAUUAGUGGAUCAUUCAGCAGCAUUCAAACUCUGUUGUAUUCAAAUCGGUUGCCUCCAAUAGCCUUUGUGUGCAUUGAUGAAGUCCAUUGUUUAUCAGAAUGGGGUCAUAAUUUUCGUUCUGCUUACCUCAGAUUGCCCAAGAUUUUAAAGAAGCAGUUAGGAGUUCAGUGCAUACUAGGAUUGACAGCCACUGCUAAUAAGACUACUAUCUCUCAUAUCACAGAAUCAUUGCAAAUAAAGGCAGAACAUGUUAUUGUAGGAUCUGCCAUUCCUGAGAAUCUUCACAUUUCUGUGUCAUGUGAGACUGAUAGAUUACAGGCUCUUCUUGAUUUACUUCAGUCAGCUCCAUUCAAUAAUUGCAAUUCAAUCAUUAUAUAUUGUACAAGACAACAAACAACAGAGAAAGUAGCACAACUUGUUAGAAUAUCCACGGAGCAGAAUUACAGUGACAUUAAAAAUAAAAGUAGCAUAAAGCAGAAUAUGAUUGCUGAAGCUUAUCAUGCUGGACUCUCUAUGGGAGCUCGAAAACGUAUUCAGUCUAAUUUCAUGAAUGGAAAAUUGCGAAUAGUUGUUGCCACUGUUGCUUUUGGGAUGGGUCUUAACAAAUCCGAUGUAAGAGCAGUAAUACAUUACAAUAUGCCUAAAGGCUUUGAAUCAUUUGUGCAAGAAAUUGGUCGUGCUGGUAGAGAUGGAAAUGCUGCUUAUUGUCAUAUCUUUAUUGAAAAAAAUGGGAAUGACUUAAGGGAAUUACAACGGCAUAUUCAUGGAAAUGGAGUGGAUUAUUUUUCUGUGAAGAAACUUUGCCAGCAAAUUUUUUCAUUCUCAGAAAAAGAUGAGUAUGAAGUGGCUCUCUCUAUUGACGAACUAACAAAAACUUUGGAUGCCAAUGAAGAAACCAUAUCAACUCUCCUUUGUUACUUGGAGAAUGAUAACUGGAUUGAAGUCUACAGUCCACUCUAUGAUACUGUUACUAUAAAAUGCUAUGGUCCACAACUUAACAUAGCAGUUUUGGCUGACAAAUUUCAAGUUAUUGAAUCUGCUGUGAAGCAUAAUAUUAGCAAGAGUUGUACAACAAAUCAGUUGUCAUUUUCCUUGACUGAAGUUGCUAAUGAUAUGAAGUCUAAUUCUAUGGAGCUUCUUCAAGGGCUGCAAAGUAUGGGAAACAAUGUUAUUGUAGAGUCAAGUAAUUUAUCUUUUUAUGCGAGAGUUUUAAAAGCAACUAGCAAUGAAGACAAAGAUUGCAUAUGCCAAGAUAUGUUAUCUAAAAUUCAAAAGAAGGAAAGAAAGGAUUUACAUAGACUCCAACAAUUUUCUUCAGUCCUGAUGCUCAUGUCACAAGAUUGUACCUCCAAAGUAUUUUUCAAAGAUAUCAUUGCUGUAUAUUUUAAUGCUGGAUUAUCUUCUGAAUAUCUUCGGUCUCUGGGAAUAGAAGCUCCUCUGCAUUUCAAUACUACUUCAGAUGAAAUUUUAAUACGUGAUAUACACGUAUUGAUGGGCAUGUAUCCAGAUAAUCAAUUUACUGGAAGAGCUAUUGCUAGAGUUUUUCAUGGGAUAGGAAGUCCAUGCUAUCCAGCUGAUGUGUGGGGAUCAUGCCCAUUCUGGAGAAAACAUUUGGAUUGUGAUUUUUAUCAUGUAUGCGAUAUUGCUACAAAGCAGAUUAUACAAACAAAAUUAUAAAAAUUAAUUAUCUGAAUACAUAAAUUUUUAUUCAUACUGACAAUUUACAUGUACUUGAAAUUUAUAAUAAAGAUAUGUGUAUUACAAAUGCA